CUUGCUUUCUUGGAGUAGAAUUAGAGAAAACUCGAGGUAUUUAGUCAGCAUACAAUACAAUGGCAGACAUUGGUGCAGGAGAGGUGGCACUGGUCCAGCUACAAGAGGACAGCUCACAUCCUCCCACCAGGAUAAAGGUAAGCUCUGUGCUCAACAGAGAUGUGAAACAGUUUGGAAAGAAGUUUAUGUUUGACGGCGAUGAAGAAACAUGCUGGAACUCCGACCAGGGGUCCCCUCAGUUUGUAUCCAUUGAGCUUCCCUACUCUGCCUGUGUCUCGCGUGUCCACAUUCGGUUCCAGGGAGGUUUUGCAUCCACUCACUGCAUUCUGGCCUCAGGCAGUGAGCAGCACAGCUUCUACCCUGAGGACAUCAACUCACUACAGGUGUUUCCAGUGCCCUCUGCAGAGCCAAGCAAGACCCACAAGAUUGAGUUUAGAACUAGUACUGAUUUCUAUGGUAGACUCACUGUGUAUCAGCUGCAGUUAUAUGGACAAGUAUGUCACUGACUUGUUUAUUCAUUAUCAUUGAAGAUUCAUUUAUAAUUA